AUGGAUGGUCCAGGAGGUACCGGCAAAAUAUUCUUAUACAGAGCACUCUUAGCAACUGUAAAAAGAAGAGGUGAAAUUGCCGUUCCAAUAGCAACAUCUGGAAUUGCUGCGACAUUAUUGCAUCAAGGAAGAACAUCACACUCAACUUUUCAGCUCCCAUUACAACCUGAUAGCAACUCAACUUGCUCAUUCACCAAGCGUUCCAAAACUGCUACUUUACUAAAGCACCCUGCCAUAAUUAUAUGGGAUGAGGCGCCAAUGACACACAGAUAUCAUUUUGAAGCUGUUGAUCGUUCACUGAAAGACUUAAUGGAAAAUGACUUACCAUUUGGAGGAAAAAUUAUUGUCUUUGGUGGUGAUUUCAGACAAGUAUUACCAGUGGUUCGAAAUGGAACAAGAGCUCAAAUGAUUGAUGCCUCUUUUGUCAAGUCCCUUAUUUGGAGACAUGUCAAUAUUUUGCAUUUGAGAGAAAAUAUGAGAUUCAUGAGAUGA